AUGAAGACCUUGCGCCCCGCCUUCUUCCUCGCCCUCCUGUCCCUGGCCUCCCAGGCCCCCAUCCGCUCACCCCAGUCACUGCUGGAGGUCCUGGGGGCCGGCCUGGACACGCUGCUGGCCGGCCAUGAGGGGCCCCCCGCCCGGCUCCCCUCGGGCUCCCUGGCCCAGCUCCUCCGCUGGCAGCCCCCCCUCGGUGGCACCCCCAGCGCCCCCCAGGAGCGUGCCUGGAUCCACUUCCUGAUCGACUUCGUGAACGCCCAGAAGACGCUCCGGAGGCGCACCAAGAAGCUGGGGGAGCAGGGCUGCUUCGGGUUCAAGCUGGACCGGAUUGGGACCCUGAGCGGCCUGGGAUGCUAA